AUGGAGGCGGUCGACCCAUUGGACAGAUUUGAGGCUUUGGCCGACUAUGAGGUGGUUCCCGCAGUCAAAGCAACUCCAGGCACCUUUGUAGAGAUCAGAAGGAAUUCUUCUGUGGCAACUGGUAUCGUACUUUCGAGCUCGAUAAUAGCUCGCCGAGAAGUUACUGUGUCGUUGACAGACAGAGGAGAAAUGUUGCACCAUCAACCAGACGACAUUACCUUUGCUGUUCCCGGCGUUGUCUCUGAGGACCUGAUACAGCGGAGCGGCCACAGUGACUUUUCAUCCGAUCACAAAGAGCACAAUGCUCGCGUACAGAUCCUCAAACAAUUGAAGGAUAUCGGAUCCCUAGUCAACGACCUUCGAGUCCCUGUACUCAACACCCUUUCCACCUUGUAUCCCACUUUGCGGAACUCCAACCCAGAAAAAUGGGGAUUGACCAACAUAUCGGAACUCACCCGCAUGUUCAAACGUAACCCCACCUUUGUGGAUAUCUUCUCUGUCCAUCUCUGGGUGUGGGACAAUCUGGAUAGGUUCUCGCCCGCUGCCACCUAUUCUGUCACCCAGAAUAUUCGUAUCCGUCCCGAGAACCACUAUAACCGUAUAAAAAAUAUCACCACUUGGACUCAUCAAAAGGCCAGCCCCAUUGACUCUUUUGCACUGAAAGCCAGGCCUAUCAUACAGAAGAGUCGUCGACAUCAUGCUGAAUCUAUCGGCGAAUCCCCGUCGUGGAUUCCUGGUAACCAUGAAUGGACGCCUACUGAUAUUCUGAUCAUUUCCUACCUCCUGGAUGCGCUUCGUGCAGAGGGCGAGGGCCAUAAAGAGCCCUACAUAUUGGGGCAGAGUGCCAUACUGAAGAAAGUGGAUCCAGACGUUGCUUCGGUAGAUCAGGAUACUAUAUAUCAAUCCCUUCUUGGCAUAGGUGUGGCCGCUCCCUGGCAUGACAUGACCGCUAUUACCCCGACGGAUGAAGGAGACCCAGAGCGUGAAGCAACGAUUGUGGCUCGCUCGAUGUCUGCCCCCCCCUCAUCGGAUGUCCUGGGCCCCGAAGAUUUAUACCGCAGUGAUCCACUUCAGGCCGUCCGCCACGAUUUCGGUGACUUGAAUGUGUAUGUCAUCGAUGAUCCAACGGCCAAGGAACUUGACGAUGGUAUAUCUAUCCAGAGAAUACCUUCGGAACCCGAUAACUAUUGGCUUCACGUUCAUAUCGCGGACCCAGCCUCUCUCAUUCCGCCGACACACGUCUUUGCUGCACAGGCCUUACAACGAGGACAGACGUAUUAUUACGGAACUCGUACAUUCCCCAUGCUUCCGACCGCUUUCACGGGUUCAAAAGAGUUUGGGCUAUCCUUGGGAGAUCUUCUGGAUUCCGGGAAGUCUCAGCGUGUCCUAACCUUCAGUUGUAAGGUCAACCUUAAGGGCGACUUACUCGACUACAAGGUCAGAGGUGGAUUGGUGAAGAACAUCCAUCUCUUGACAUAUCACACUGUCAACGGAGCCCUAGGAUACCCUCUUGAGACCAAUGUUUAUCCGUUUGGUGAUCGACCCCCUUCUUCCCCUCGUCACUCCUUGACCGAUGAACAUGUCGAAGAUCUACGUCUGAUAGAUCAGAUUGCUCGUGCAUGCGUAGCACGCCGGUUCAGGGACAACAUCUACAUCACAAGCAGCAGCAAAGCUGAGAUACGGUUCGACGAUGUUUCCUCGAUUCCGUCCCUUACGAUGGAACCAGGACAUUUCCGCGGGUUUGUUGGCAUGACUUACUCGGUUGAAGACGCCAAAAACGCAGAUUCAGGCGCACGCAGCCUCGUCGCUGAGUCGAUGAAGCUCGCAUGUCGUGCAGCAUCGCGGUUCUUCUUGGACCAUAAUAUCGCAGCACUUCGGCGUACUCUGCAAGCACCAACCCAUACAUCAGAUACGGAUUUACAAAAAAUCCUUGAGAUGCGAUCUCCAAACGCAUAUGUCGAACGUACAUCGGUCCUUCCAUAUGUUGUUGCAGAGUCGAAGUCGUCAUAUUCACUAGAACCCUGUGGACACCACCAGAUAGGUAGUCCAGAUGGAGAAGGAUAUGUGCGGGUCACCUCUCCCUUGCGACGUGCCGCUGAUCUGCAAGCGCACUGGCAACUGAUCAAUGCCUUGCGCGGCGUAAGGAAACCACUAUUCAGUCCUGAGGAGCUGAUGCAGUUCACGGAGGUCUUUUGGACAGCAGACCGUUAUAACAAGCGUAUGGAAGGCCGUAAUCGUGCGCUCGGGCAGGUCUAUUAUCUGCAGCAGUGGCUAGCAAAUCCUGCUCUGCGUGCUAGCCGACCCGAUCCCCUGCAGAAGUUGGAAGGAGUCGUGAUGGACGUCCCCUUCUCGCAUGUCAGCACGAAAAAGUAUCUUACAGUGGUACAAAUCGAGUCGCUGGGUUUGCGGGCAUUCCUUGGAGACAUGGACAACAUUGACGAUGCACCGCUUGGGUCCAAGGUCCCCAUCAAGCUCAGCCAUGUUACGACUGGAUGUCGACCGAUGAUACAUAUGUCGCUACGAUGA